UGUUUGCAGUUUAUUUUUGGAACGAUUACGUGCUUCCCAGCCGACAAAUCUAACAAUAGCUUUGGAUUUUUCGCCCGCGUUCUCGCUCGCAUACUGGAGGAAGUAAUGGAAUGUUUAAAACGAAAUUUGAAUGUGUUAAUUCUGAAUGAGUAAGAUGGCAGACAAAUUCUUCCGGCUGGUCAGUUUUGUUGUAAACAUUUGUCCUGAACCUCUGAGGAAAAUGUUCUUGAAAUACGCAAAGGCUGACAAAGGCACGACAUUCACGACACUUGACGACUAUCUCACAUUUAGAGAAACGGAUAUUCGGAGAUGCAGGAAGUUAAGAAACGAUCAGGAAAAUCUUCUUUAUCCCAACGGCAGUAAAGCUGAUGAGUGGGACGUGUCCUUGCUAACAACUCUAAUUACUGAACUGUUUGGUUCAUGUAUAUCAAUGCCGGAAAGAGUUUUGAUAGAUGAAAUCCGUGAGAAAAGGAACAGUUUACAGCAUCUCCCUAAUACGUCAAGCAUAACUGAUCAAUAUUACAAUCAAUUUUGGACCGAGCUUGAGACUGCAACCUUGGAUUUGGCUAGGCAUACUGAUGGACCUGCUUAUGAAAAGGAUAUUCUUGCAAAAAAUCGAUGAAAUAAGAAGUGACGACGUGCAAAACAUCGGAGACGUAUUACGUAUCUGGUACGAUGAAUGUAUCAGAGAAAUGAAUGACAGAAUGGAACAAAUGCAAACGAAAAUGAGUGAGAUGAGCGCUAUUAUGCAAAAAGUAACCGUACAAACACCAGGACCAACAGGUGGCAAGAAUAAACGGAUUAAAACUCUCGACCAUAUACUUCAUAAACUUAAAGCGAACUUCGAAACAACAAUGAAAACAGAGUUAAGAAACAAUUUUGAUCCCCCAUCUGAAGUAGCCGACAUACGAACGCUUCUACGUGACAAACACCAUGUGGUUGUUGCUGGAAGUUUCAGCAGCCGGUACCUUGAAACUGCCUUAUUCGCCAUUACAACAAUGGAUUACACCGAAGGUCGAUGUGUCGAAAUAUCGACGUCGUCUGACUGGCGCCAUAUUGAUCCAGAAGAUGUUGACCUUGUUCUGCUCAAAGAUCCGUUUGGUAAAGAUUACUACGAGAGCUCAAAAGCAAAGGGUAUUGCAGACGUCUUUAACAAUAUGUUACAGACUUCGAAAGAAGAUACUAAUGCUGGUAGAAUAGAUAUAAUUCUGGUUACAGAAAUUGGUAUAUUGGCCGAGGUCAGGAAACAACAUGACCAUGACAUCCUUGACGUUUUCGUCAAUGUAUUUGAUGCGACCACGGAGAAACAGCCGGCUGAUCUUACAUUAGGUCCUGAUAUCAGCAUAGGAGCGAAGGCGCCUUUAAAUCAAGUUGCUAGUAAUUUGAAAGAAAUCACAAGCACCUUCAUUCAGCAUUAUUAUAGCGAUCUCAACAGAAUCCAGGUUGAUGAUGCUUAUAUCAAAAUCGCCAAGGAAAAAUUCAAAAGGAGCAAAAUUGUUGUCUUGGUUGGUCCAAAAGAAUAUGGAAAGGUUCUCGCUGUUGCCUUAGCAGCGUCCUACAAGCUCUCGCAGUGUCUUCUACUGACUAAGCCUGAUGAUACACUGCUAAUAGAUUCAGACGUAUGUCUAGCUAUCGUCGACCAGUUCGCUGGUAAAUAUAGGUUUAGCGAGGAUCAAGUCCUUAAAUGGUAUGACAUGUUUGACCAUCUACAACUUGCUGUGGAAGCUGGCAAGCUUAAUGUUGUAAUAACCUGUGAAAAGGAAAAAUUGAAAGGGUGCAGAAAAAUCUUUCCACAUCCCCUGUUGGAGCAUACGGUUGACCUACCGGAAGAUGAUUAUAAUGCUGUUAAAAAUGAGGUUUCAUUGGAAGAAAAUGUAGAAAUGUCAGAUACAAUGGAUCAUUCCACAGAGCAGACUGAAAAUCAACAUCAAAAACGGCACAAGAAACUAAGACGGAAUAAGUAUGGCGAAACACCAAUUCACAUUGCUGCUAAGAAGCCUCAUCCUAAUGACUUGAAGAAAAUUAUUGCUUCUGGUGCCGAUGUCAAUGUUAGAGACAAUGCUAAUUGGUCUCCUCUGCAUGAAGCAUGUAAAAGGGGCUUUGUCGAGAAUGAAGCGUGCUUACUACAAGCUGGAGCCGAUAUUGAUGCAUUAGGAGACGGCAACGAUACUCCUCUGCAUAAAGCGUCUAUGAGUGGAAAUAUCGAGAUGUUAUUGGAUCGUGGUGCUAAUCCACAAAUUACAAACGACGAUGAUCAGACUCCAAUGGAUGAUGCUUCUCGAGCUAUAUAUACACUGAUAGAAGCUGUUGUUAACAGAAAAGUUAAUGUAGACACUACCAUUCCAUCAGAAAGUGAGAUGUCUAUGGCAGAUACAAUACAUGAUGGAAACUAAGAGGAGAGAACGGAAUAGCUUCAAAACGUAAUAAUUGCGCAUGCUUUGACGAAAAAGGACUUUUUAAUGUGCUGUCGCCAUAUUGUGUUCGGGUUAUUAUCUAAAAUGAUGUGUUUAUGCUAAAGUAGCUUGCAUUGUGUUCUAACGCGUCCUGUAAAAUCAGCCUGUUUGUAGCUUAGGUGGUCAACCUAUCUGUUGUUCGCCAUAAACAUGUUUCGACCUCUGCGGGCGAGCUUGCUAAGCGACGAUUCAGUAGUGACGUUGUAUUUAUAUAACUGCAAACAUUUGAUGUUUCUGCUCGCACGUAAGUCGUGAUGAUUACCACAAGUUACGCUACGAAAUACUUUCCUAGCGGGCUGUAAAUAGCAACAGCCUAUGUUAUAAACAGUCACUUCUGAAAUUGUUACUUUUUAUGAAUGUGUUCCUAUUAAUUUGAUUUAAUGAACUUCCUUAUUUUCCCUUUCAUGACACACAUGGUGUUAUUGUUUAUAGAAUUCCACUGAUCAGCCACACUUUAACAAAUAAUUUGUACAAAACAUACUAAACAUUUCAAUUAUUUUUUCACGCAGUAUGUAUUAUAAGGCUUUUAUAUGUCAAAACAUGCAUGGCAAGAAGUUAUGAGAGAGAAACAGAGUGAAGUUAACACCAGAUGGAAAGAAUUCUGAAAAAAAGCUAAUAGUUAAGCAGGUGGUACACAUCUGUGCUCGUAUUUUUGUUUUAAAAUAGUCAUUUGUUUUUCUUUUUACAUAUUUUUAUCAUGUGUCUCUGCAAUGUGUUAGAAUGAUAAUCAUAAUAAUAAUGAUAAUUUUUUUCGCACAUAAUUUCUACUUUGUUUUCUGUUUUAAAGUCUGAUUUUUUAUGGAAUUUAAACUGGUCGGAAACGGAACCACACUAUACUAAUAAUUUGAUAAAAUAAACUAUUUCCGAAAUAUCAUUAGAUUUAUCAUAAUGAGCCGCACCAUGACAAAACCAACAUAGU